CUAUGCUGCGUGCCUGACCAACACUCUCACGUGCACAACUCUCCAGACCAGCGCCUGUGACUCCCGUAUUUACCGCUCUCAGCCUCCAUGCUAGUACUUUGCUAGGCACCGGCGAACCUCAGUAGUAGCACCAUCCCCAUCAUCAUCUCGGGUACCCCGCCCUCACCCUCAGCAUCACAAUGGCCAUGCUCAGGUUCGCGCCGUGGCAAAGCGACGUCGACGUACAGUUCUAUGCAGCGCUUGCACAUAUCAAAAUCAACCAUGACAAGCUCGACGACUCGGCGCGUAAGGUACUCGGACUGUACGAGGUGCGAGCAGGAGACCACUCUUCGCGCUCCAUGCGCAUUCAGAUCCAUCCCAACGCGCUGACAUCGGACGACGCUCCACCAACGUACUGCCGCGCUGAAGGUAUCAUCAAGAACUGCAACACCAUAGAAGACUACAAGAAUCUCGAUCGCACAGCUAUACUCGAAAGAUGCGCGCAAACAAUAUGGGAAGCGAUACACGACGGCUCCAUCUACGAAUGCCCCUCCCUCCUCUCCUCCUUCACGGCCAUCAUCUUCGCCAAUCUCAAAAAGUACAAGUUCACCUACCACUUCGGCUUCCCCGCGAUACAGUCAGACCCACAGUGGAAACAAGUAGGACAGGCAAGCAGGCUGCAGGCGAGAGAGACCACAUACCUCGUAGACGCGGUACAGACAUGGAGAUACAGCUCAGACGUCCGUCAAAGAGGCUUCUUCCUGGCAAAACGCGUGCGCGGAGGAGGCGACCCCGACGAACGACCGAAGACACCCGUUACACCUUUGGAAGAGUUUGGAUAUACGUGGGCCAUCGCUAAGCUCGCAGCGUACGAGAAGGGCUUCUUCAGUGAUGUGGACAAAGAUGAUCGCUUCAUUUGUUUCGCGGAUCCUUCAACAUACGACGAGAACCCUGGGUGGCCACUAAGGAAUCUGCUCAUACUCAUACGGCAUCGAUGGCACCUGAACGAAGCCCAGAUCCUGUCCUAUCGUGAUACCCACUUGCGACGGGACCAACCGAAUUCCCUAAUCCUGCAGCUACGAUCAGACCCCACCCCAGAUGCGGCAUCCACAUCUUCAGAUGAGCCUGACACCCGUCCCCGGACUCCAAAACUACCCAAGGUGACGGGCUGGGAACGAACAGAGGCCGGAAAACUAACCUCCCGAAAUGUCGACCUUUCUGAGUACAUGGACGAGCGCAAACUAGCCGAUCAGGCAGUGGACCUCAACCUCAAGCUCAUCAAGUGGCGCAUCGCACCCACUAUCGACCUAGACGUAAUCAAGAACUGUAAAUGCCUACUGCUUGGCGCGGGUACAUUGGGUACCUACGUAUCGCGAACAUUGAUGGGCUGGGGCGUGCGCAAGAUCACAUUUAUCGACAAUGCUACAGUCAGUUUUUCGAAUCCCGUGCGGCAGCCUUUGUUCGAUUUCAAAGACUGUCUCCAAGGUGGCGCGAAGAAGGCUGAAAGGGCUGCCGAAGCGUUGGAAGAGAUUUACCCAGGUGUGGACGCGACGGGUCAUGUAAUGGAGGUCCCUAUGCUUGGCCACCCGAUGACGGAUAGUGCGAAGACGAAGGCAGAUUUCGAUAAGUUGAAGAAGCUAGUCAACGAACAUGACGCUAUUUUCCUGCUCAUGGACACAAGGGAGAGCAGAUGGUUGCCGACAGUCAUGGGCAAGGCUGCAGGAAAGAUUGUUCUCAACGCUGCUCUAGGGUUCGACACCUAUGUUAUCAUGCGGCAUGGCUUGAAAACCACGCGAGCUGAUGAAGUGGAAUUGGGGUGUUACUUUUGCAACGAUGUUGUAGCACCCGCAGAUUCCCUUAGUAACGCAACCCUCGAUCAACAGUGCACAGUAACCCGCCCCGGAGUCGCACCUCUCGCCUCCAGCUUACUCGUCGAGCUGCUCGUUAGCAUACUUCAACACCCGUCAAAAUCCCGCGCACCACCUCCCUCACACCAACAACAACAAAGAGACCCACCAUCUCCUUCCCACCCAUCCUUACCAGCACCCUUCCAGCACCCCCUCGGUAUAAUCCCCCACACAAUCCGCGGCUACCUUUCCACCUUCUCCAAUCUCCAAGUCGAAGGCACACCCUACGACUGCUGCUCAGCGUGUAGCGACAAAGUGAUUGCAUGCUACGAGGCGGAUCCGUGGGAUUUCGUGCAAAGGGCGCUUAACGAGAGGGGGUGGGUCGAGGAGAUGAGCGGGUUGAAGGAGGUGCAGCGGAGAGCGGAUGAGGCGGCUGCUGAUGUCGACUGGGACGAAGAGGAUGAAGGGGGUUUGGAUGAGGAGGGGGAGAUGCUGUAG